GGGAAGAAUGGCCUCAGGCAAUGACUCCACUGUGAAGGAGUUUAUCCUGCUGGGCUUAACACAGCAGCCAGAGCUCCAGCUGCCUCUCUUCUUCCUCUUCCUGGGAGUCUAUGUGGUCUCCGUGCUGGGGAACCUGGGCUUGAUUGUUCUGAUUGUUUUGAAUCCUCACCUGCACACUCCCAUGUACUACUUUCUCUUCAACCUUUCCUUCACAGAUCUCUGCUACUCCUCCGUCAUAACCCCCAAAAUGCUGGUGAGUUUUGUGACACAGAACCUCAUCUCCCAUGCUGAGUGCAUGACUCAGCUCUUUUUUUUCUGCUUCUUUGUUAUUGAUGAAUGCUACAUUUUGACAGCAAUGGCCUAUGACCGAUAUGUGGCCAUAUGUAAUCCCCUGCUUUACAAGGUCAUCAUGUCCCCUCAGGUCUGCUUCUUGAUGAUGGUGGGUGUGUAUGUGAUGGGGUUUGUGGGUGCCAUGGCACAUACUGGCAGCACACUGAGACUCACCUUCUGUGAUGGCAACAUCAUCAAUCACUACAUGUGUGACAUACCGCCUCUCCUGAAGCUCUCCUGCACAAGCACCUCCAUCAACGAGCUGGUGGUUUUCAUUGUGGUGGGUGUGAAUGUGAUAGUGCCCAGCCUGACUGUCUUUAUUUCCUACACCUUGAUUAUCUCUAAUAUUUCCUGCAUCCAUUCUGCAGAGGGAAGGUCAAAAGCCUUCAGUACCUGUGGCUCUCAUAUAAUUGCUGUUUCUCUUUUCUUUGGAGCCUCAGCAUUCAUGUAUCUAAAGCCUUCGACUGCAUCUGUGGAUGAAGAUAAAAUAUCCACAGUAUUUUAUACCAUUGUGGGUCCAAUGCUGAAUCCUUUCAUCUACAGUUUGAGGAAUAAGGAUGUCCACAUUGCAGUGAGAAAGACUUUGAAGAAAAGAGUGUUUACCUGA